UAACUACAUAGUACUGAAACACUCUUAAAGCACCUCUAUAGAUGACAUCUAUACAGGCUGUUUGUACCCUGUACCCAGAGACAGUUUCUUGAUAUAGCAAGUUCUUGGUCUCCAACUGCGGCCUGUGAUUCUGUAUCCAGGGUAAUACUACGGCAGUAUUGGGAAUUCGAGCUGAAAAGAGAUAGGAGUCACCAUCCAAUCGCAGCUCUCAUGACCUUGGCGGUGGCUGGAGCAGCAAGCCCCCGCAUCAUUUCAGCUCAACAACCCCUCAACCGUGAGGCGAAGUGAAACAUCUUGCCUUGAAGCGGCUCUGGAGCUUCAUAUCUCGCGAAUAUGCCUGACAACAACAGCGUCGCCUUACAAGCGGAUGUAGUGAACCUCGCCUCCAUAACGCACUUAAUCACAGGGAGGAUAUUGAAAGCCUUGAGCGAUGGUGGCGUCGAUAUAUAUGCAGUCGCAGCCUCGAUAUGGCUCGGGAAACAGUUCAAAGUUAAAAGGGCACUGGAAAGCACUGUUCAUUCUCACCUAGCGUCACGUAAGGGCAUCAAUGGAUUUCUUGCGAAAGCCUUGCACAUCGGUUGGGGACAUUCCGAGGUUGCAGUUGAGAUGUCGCGAACGCGGGCCGGCACGAAUGCGCUGCUCCUUAUUGGCGCCCUCUCGGUCGGUACGCCGUACUUCGAGGCUGCGCGUUGUCUGUCGGAGCUGCUAGCUAUCUCUGGGUGUGAGCCUGAUCGUCUACCCAAUGUCGAUGUGCUGAAACCCAUGAUUGCGUACCUUGGUCCUUUUAUGGCGGAUAUAGGAUUUGCAAAAGUGCUGCAACAUAUCACGACUACUGCCGAACAUGCCUCUAUUCGUUCACGGUCUCAUAGUCCGAAAGGCCUUCAAGCAAUAGGAGAUGCUCCCGUUCUCGCGGGUGCAAUAAAGCAGCUGAUCGUCACCUCGGAACGUAAGGAGAGCAUAUAUAUGGUUGCGCAACAAAGAGGAGCUUGGCUUGCCGCUUUCGCGAGCCAUAUACUCGGCAUGUCAGUUGAAUUGAUAUAUGACGAAGAUGUUCUUUGGGCGAGUGGUGGAGAUGGUGGUCACGUCGUGCUCCAACUCGCGAGUACAUAUACCGGCGGGACCAUCCAGCGUAGUUCUGACACACACAUUCAGAUUAUCAGCCCGCCCUCGUCCGGCGAUGCCACUAAACACUUAUCAAUCGAUUACGCGCUGUCAGACGCCCUCGAAGCGGAGUUGGGCCGCUACCCAAAGCUCACACCAGAUAUGAUUGCAGGUGUGCAUAGAGCCAUAUGCCACAUGACUCAUGCGAUUCUAAAGACCUUGCGAAUGAAGUCCUCUUCAGCCUAUGAAACUACUCAUCAAAUCAAUGGUCCGUUUGAAAAACAUGACAUUGUCUUGGAGACAUUCGCUCAGUUCAAGAUCCAGCCCCCCACCCGUACGUUAGGACUAGAGCCGAACCAGGAGGGAUGGGCUGGCUCAGCAAUCGAACAGAACGGGCUGAGAUUCUUAGAGUACUCGGACGCAAAGAAGUUUCGAGAAAUGUGCCACAUCCACAAGCUCGGUGCUGCUCUCGGGAGAUGCACCUGCUGCCACAUCGGAGCUCUCAUCCACGGCUUCGCCUCGAGCAUCGCAGCGCUUGUGCAGUGCCGCUACGAGCCUGACCAAAUCCGUGUUCAAGUUGAUAUUAUCAGGGGGGCUGCCUCGACCUCUUGGAGCCGGGGCUGUAUUGGCGAAAUACUAACUAUAAAUAGCCGACAGCUCUUGUCGCAUAUAUUGCAGCUCGUGGGUGGGGAUGACGCAGACGUGGUCCAGGAGAACAGCAUUCUACAGCUGACUCCUCGAUUCGAGAUACUUGGGUUGUCUGGAGGUGCCUACACUAUCUUUUAUGCCUGCAUCUUGCAAGAAGACUGCUAUGACGAUUCUGGACGCAUCUUGAUGCUGUCUCCUGGGCGCGUGAGUGUGAAUGGGACCAUGCGAGGUCUCAUAACAGAGCGCGUGCCCAAAUGGGACAGUGAUCAGCCAACAGCGUGGCCAGCGCCAUACGACCGUGACGUCCGGGAACGCAGUGACGACAAGUUUUCCGUCCUUGCAGCUGGCUCUUACAUCGAGUCCCACUAUGCGCCGAGUCGGUAUCAUGUAGUUAUGCACGCCUUCCUCGCGGAACACGACAUAUUCAUUCAUACCUCAAUUACCUUGGACGCCUCCCAUACAUAUCUAGCCCUCAUCUCUAGGGCCGUCCACAAUUUGCUGACAAUAGUACAUGUACCUCGAGCAUGUCAUCAUCCCAUAGGAAAACCUUACCAAGUGUUAGAGAGCGUUGACCUUGUCGUUUCCCCCUUCGCUGUUAUCAGACAGGAUUUUGACUCUACCAUGUUGAUGACUAUCAAGGAUAACAAGUUCGAACAACUCAUGCAGAUCGGUACAGCUGGGCCGUACGUACUGCAAAUAUACAGCUGCCUUGAAUGCGCAGUCAAGUACGCAAUUAAUUCAGGAAUUCGAGAAGUAGGUUUUAGUCGUUGGAGAAUAAUAAUGAUAAAAUAAAUAAUGAAAUAAAUAUAAUGUAUUAUACAAGCAAGUUACAAUAUCCUAAUAUAUGUCUCUACUUUAUAGGUGGUAGGAUUAAAAUUAGGAACGGAUGGAUAAGCGUAGCCGUGUUUGUUCUAAGAAGCAUUAGCUGAACAAUUUCCCUUUUAGGGGAUGCUGGCAUUGAUACGCAUAGUAGUGAUAUACAGCCUUGAGAGGGCAUGUGUUUAGGAGCGGCUUUGCCGCCGGUAGCGAGUGCGUGGUUUAAUACACCAAGACUGGAAUACUUA